AUGGCAGGGACCAUUCUGUCGAUCCAGUCAAGGCAGGGACGUCUAUCACUCAAAGCAAAGGAGAUGAGGGUGUUGCUUCUCGCUCUUGUCCCGAUGUUAGUGAAGGGUCAGACAGAAAUGGAGUGGGGGUUGCUGGUAUGGAAUUGGAGGUUGAGAGGGGCUCAAAAGCCCACUUUUCAAAAUUACAUUCAUGAGCUUACUCAGAAACAUGAUCCUGCCAUAUUUGUUAUUAUGGAGACAAAAUUGGGAGGAAGCAGAGCAAAGGAGAUUACGGAGAGGUUGCCUUAUAAUGGAGCUAUCCAUACGGAAACUAUCGGUCUUUCAGGAGGUCUAUGGUUGCUGUGGAAUGAUGAUAAAGUGGUGGUGGAGGAACUAGCUAAGACAGAGCAGGAAAUUCAUGUCGAAGUAAAGGUGCAUGCAUCCAACUAUUCUUGGAUUUUCUCUGCCAUUUAUGCUAGCCCUAGAAAUGAAGAUAGAUGUGUCUUAUGGAAUAACCUCAUUAAGGUUGCUGAGCUUCACAAUAAACCUUGGGUCAUGGCUGGAGACUUUAAUGAACCUCUGGUAGAUGAAGAUAAAUUUGGAGGCAGGGGAGUCAGUGUUAACCAUUCCCUAGCUUUCAAAGACUGUCUUGAUGGGUGUAAUAUGGUUGAUAUGGGUUUUGCUGGUCCUAGGUACACCUGGACCAAUAAGAGAGAUGUUAAUAAUCUGAUUCUGGAGAGGAUAGAUAGAUAUUUUAUGAAUCCGGAUUGGUGUGUGCUGUAUCCGGAUGCGAAAGUUACCCAUCUCCCCCGCUGUCAUUCGGAUCAUUGCCCUGUGCUUAUGGAAGCCAUCCCUAUUUGUACCCAAGCUCCUAACAAGCCUUUUAGAUUCCAGGAAUUCUGGUUGUCUGAUCUGUCCUUUCCCAAUAUUGUUACAAAGGCGUGGAGUAGUGAUAGAAGCCUUAUGGAUGCCAUAGAUACUUUCUCUAAAGAGGCUACUGUGUCGAAUAGGUCUCACUUUGGCAAUAUUCAUCACAGGAAAAGAAGAGUCUUGGCUAGAAUUUAUGGGGUCCAGAAAGCUCUAUCUAAUGUUCCUAGUUCCUUCCUAAUCAAUUUGGAGAAUCAUUUGUAG